UAAUUAUGCUAAAUCAUGGCGCGAAUAGAAUACAUUGCACUUGAAACCAACCCCAUUUUCCCCCAUCAUCUCUCCCACUUUCCUCUUUUUCUUUCUUUCUUUAUUUCUAUUGUGUUUAUCUUUUCUUGCAAUCUAAGCUUUGUUCAAGUUUAUAACUCCAAGGCCAAAAACCCAGUUCAUAAAUUUGAUCAGCUUUACCCACACACCUCUAUGAAAGAAAAAAUCCUUGGAAGAAAUGAAUUCAGUUUGCAUUUCUAGUUGUCUGAAUGAUGCUAGAGACCCCAGGGUGCCUGUCAGGGCAACCUAUGUGAAUCUUUACAAGUGGCCAGAGUCAGAUGCGGAGUUUGUGAGGUCAAGGAGGUCAGGCGCCAUGCAUGGCCAACCUAGAGUUGUUGACAGUAUCUCCUGCAGGCAGAUGUAUUUAAGGAGCUAUAGGUUUUCCAGGAAAGAAACUGUGCCUGAAAAGACUGUGAAAUGCUUUGGGAGAGUGAAAGGGAAGGUGGGGGCUCAAGGGAAGAGGAAGAUCAGCGGCCAAAAUAGACGUGUUACAAGGAAGUUUUUGGUUCGGAGGAAAAUGAAGGUUGUACUGUUUAGGUUUUUCAAUAGGCUGCUUUCUUGCUCUGCUACUGUAGAUGUUGUGGAUCAAAGGAAUGUUUUCUUCUGAACUUU